AUGUACAGAACGCCGCUUGCUUCCACAGUAGUAGCCUGGGUGGGUGCCUACUUCUUCCUUGUCUUGCUCACCAUCUCUCUCGCGUCUGGCCUCUACUACAUUGCAGAGAUUAUUGAAGACCAUCCUAGAACUUCCAAGAAGCUGCUUAGCAUUUACAUCAAAGCCACGCUCGCGGUCCACGUCAUCGUCGUAAUCUUCGACCGUCCGUCAAUCCUCUGCAUUCUUACCGGUAUCGCCACGCACGUCGUCUACUACCUGAUCCUCCGCCGAUUCCCGUAUGUCAGCCUCGGAUCUCCCGAGUUCAUCAGCUCAUGUGUGGGGUUCGUCUGCAGUAACUUCGGCUGGUUUCAGUAUUACUACUUCCGCACUAAUUUCUCGAUCGAGUUCUUUCUCGGGUUCAUGAUUCCCAUGGUGUGGCUCGUUCCCUUCGUCUACUUCGUCUCACUUUCCACGGAAGAGACCCUGUUGCCGUAUGCUACAAGCCACCACCUGUCACCAGCAGCAGACGAGGUUCUGGGUCGGACUCCUUCAGGAAGCAGUCACGCCAGCAGCAGCAGAGUGGUGCCCGGUGCUGGAAAGAAGAUUAAGAGUUCGUUCUUGUGGCUCUAUCACUUUAUUCGGCAGAAGAGGGAUGAUGUUUUGCCAGAGUUUAGUCUGGAAAGAGGGACGAGUGGGAGGAGUGCUGCUAAGGCAUUGUGA